UUGUUUACAGAAAUUUUUUUAAAAAACUUUUUAGGGACUGGAGAUAGAAGGAAAGAAGGUGUAGAAGACGAAAGAAGAGAAGAGGACGGAGUCGGGAAGGGUGAAACAGGAGGUGUCUUGAAACGACGGAAUUGGAGGAGUAAAGUUUUGAUGUGUUUAGUAUGUACGUAUAUACUUGUUGUUCCACGUGUAUCCACCAACGGUAUGGUAAUAACAGCAACUGCAAUGGCGACAUUAUGUGCUUUUUGA